CACACGCUCUGGAAGAUAUUCAUGUCUAGGCAAAAGAAAAGACACUAAAAUAUCACCAGAUGCAGCAGAAAUCUACAAAAAAAUCAUGAAAUAUCUAACAGAAACCAAAGCAGAUUCUCCUGCAUAUCAAUUACGGCAAGAACUUUAAGAAUACUUAUAAGAAAUCUAUACCAAUGUUCUGAAAGAGAAUAAAGAAGACAGCCCGGAGAGUUCCUUUAUCCUUAUUUUUCGUAGACUUGAAGCCAACUCUAAGAAUCUAAAAAAUAUACGAAAUAAGACGAAUGCACUAUACAAGUAUGAUAACAGAGAAACCAUAUUCUAUGAGAGAAAUCGCCCGGUGCCACAAUUGCCAGGCAGAUGGCUACACUAAGACUUACUACCACUAUUUCCAUGUUAUGUGAAGUGUGGAGAGCAUUAGUAUCUGGAGAGUCCUGAAACGAAAUCUGAAAUCGAAAACUGAAACGAGGCCCUGCAAUAUGUGCUUUGUUCCAGCGAUCUACAAAAUCUGCCAGAUAUACAAAAUUAUCAAGUCAAAAUAUUAAGGAGAUGUACCCAAAAUGCAUGGAUGAGAGAGGGGCGAGGAAUAGCGGGAAUUCCCUUGACGAUUGGCUUUUUAAUCAUUUGCUAUUUCCUGUGUUUCGAAGAAGAUAAGAGUAAGGGGGGAUGAUAAAUAUUAAAAACGAUUACGUAUAUUCAUUGAGUUGCUCCAUCUGAUAACCCCCAGUUGUCAGAAGCUAUAUGAUGGCAUUCCUCAAUCCAACAUUUAUUUCAGCUUAUCUUAUUAUCUUACUAUUUGGGUGUGCGGAGAGUGAAGCGCCAAAUAUACUAAAAUUUAAUGAAGUAACAAAUAAAUUCGCGUGGAAUCUGUAUAAGGAAGUUAAGCAACCUUCUGAAAAUACCAUCCUUUCACCAAUCAGCUUACAGCUGCUACUUGAUAUACUGCUUCAAGGUGCGAACGGCACAACUGCUGCGGAAAUCGCAAGAGUUCUACAACAUGAAGCAGAUGACAAGACGAUUUUAAAUGCUUACAAGAACUUCCUGGAAGAUCUGGAUCAUAAAGACAAGACGACUGAGUUCAAAACAGCGACAGCUAUUGCAGUAGAUCAAUCUUUCCCGCUAUCGGAAGUUGAUCGAAUGAAUCAACACCUAAAUCAAUAUUUUAAAACAGAUAUAAAAAAAUAUGAUUUCAAAGAAAACCCAAAAAAUUCUAGUGAUAUGAUAAAUGCCUGGGUUAAGGAUCACACAGAAGGUGAAAUCGAAACUCUUCUACCUGAGGGUUCGAUUGAUUCUAGUACUGAAAUGGUUAUGGUUAGCGGCACUGUUUUUAAAGGAGAAUGGAAACAUAAAUUUAAUAAGAAAAAUACUGUAGUAGAGCGUUUCCAUAUUACGCGAAACGAAAGCCGAAGUGUUAAUAUGAUGGGGCUGACAGGUGGCCGUUUUCGAUAUCUUUGGAACUCUGAUCAUGAACUUCAAAUCGUGGAAUUACCUUACAAAGAGAAAGAAUUCAGGAUGAUUAUUAUUCUGCCAGAUAAUGGUUUAGCUGAGCUGGAAAGAAAAUUUACCUAUGAAGACCUCUCAGAAUUAAUAAAUUCUAUUAAAGAAACUUCUGUUGACGUAUUUCUUCCAAGGUUUAAAAUAAAAAAGUCCGUCGACUUGGUUAAUGGUCUAAAAAAGAUGGGAAUGCUUACUGCCUUCUCAAGAUAUGCUGAUUUCUCCAAGAUGACUAAUUCUUCAAUUUCAGUCAGUAAAGUUAUGCAGAAAGCAAUGAUUGUGGUAAAGGAAAAAGGUACCCGAGCUGCUGCAGGUUCUGGUAUUACCUUGACUGCAAAAGCACUACCCCCUCAGAUGGUUUGCAACAGUCCAUUCCUUUAUAUAAUCUUUAAAGGAGAUACUAUUUUAUUUAUUGGUAGUUUUCUAAAGCCCCCACAUAAAAUUAACCGCUAAGCAAUAAUUGAAAUCAUGUAAAAAUUUUGUUCUAUAUAAUAAAUUUCUUUAUUAACUAUCAUUAUUUCUGCUAGAUAGUGUUCAGAACUUAUUAUAAAUGUAAUGUUUUCAACUCCCUUCCAUAAAAAGUAUUUUUAAUAGUAGUCCAUCUCACCUGGAAAACCUGAUUAUCUUUGGUAAUGUAAACAAAAAUGAUUAUCUACAUCUUAUAUGAAGAAAUCUCAAAACUGUAUUAUUUUAUUAUCUAUUAUCUAAAUAGAUUUAAAUUUUACAUUUUUAUUCUGAUUUAGUUCAAUAAAUAAUUUAAUUUAAUGCUUUUAUUGUAAUUAAUUGUACACUAUGCUAUAUACCAAUGUAAAUAUUUAAUUUUAAAUAAAUUUUGUACAAGUAUUUAUUUCUUCUCCAUACUUAUAUAUAAAUAUAGAUUUGUAUGUGAAAUAGAUAAGUAUAUUUUUCAAUAAUUUUAGGAAGAUUCGUUUUUUCGUUUUUUUUUAUUUGAGUUUAGGAGGUUUAGAGGAAAACAUGGUAAAAAUCAUAGUAACGUUAUUCAUGAAAAUUGAUUUUAAUAACUAAAAAGUAAUUAAACUCUACGAAUAGUUCGCAUAGUAAAUUGGUCAGUGGCCAAUAUUUUUUUGAAAUGAAACUUUUUUCUUUGAGAUUUAUAGGAAAUAAAUUUCAAAUUAAGUUAAAAUGUUAU